UUUCAGUGGUUAGGUUCAUUGUUUCAGUUUGUUUUUCAUUGUAGGGUUUGAUUUUUUCCCUUUUGGAUCUAAUUUUAGAUUUUGAAUAUGCCAAACCUUGGUAAGUUCAAAAGUCAAAAUUAUAUAAAAAGAUAUCUUCAGAAGUCUUAUUUCUCUCUCUGUUCCUUCACACUGUUCCCUUUACCUCAUCUUCAUGUUACUUUUUCUUUUGUUUCUAGUUUUUCUUCCUGUUUUUAUUUUUGUGAAAAUAAGCAAAUACGUUUAUUUUUCCUUCCUCCUUGCACAAAAGUUAGCAGUUUGUAUAUACUGUUCGGUACUUUGGCUUUUUCACUUAAAGUUAUAUCCUGACAAUUAUUUGGUAUUCUUCACUCCUUUCUUACAGCUGCUUAGUCCCUCAUUGUGAGGGUGUGUUACAGUUUACUCAGCCCGUCCCCUAUCGAUAGACAUUUGUAGUUUCCAGCCUUCUGUUAUUACUAAUACUAUUCCAUUAAGUUACUUUAUGUAAGUGAAGUUUUGUUUCUUUGGAGAUACAGUUUCAGGAUAGAUUCCUAGAAGUGAAAUUGCAUGAUCAGAGGGUAAAAGCAUUAAGUGUAUUUUUUUUUUUAAUGUUUAAAUUUAUGGAGAAAUUGAAAAGAGUACAGAGACUUCCCAUAUCCACCCUUUCCCCCAGUUUCUGCUGUUAUUAACAUCUUACAUUAGCCUAACACAUUUGUUAAAAUUAACGGACCAAUACUGAUACAUCAUUAUUAGCGAAGCUCCAAAAUUUAUUCAGCUUUACUUGGUUUUUACCUAAUAUCCCUUUUCUGCUCCAGGGUCCCAUCCAGAUACCACAUUACAUUUUGUAGUCAUGUCUCCUUGGGCUUUUCUUGACUUGUGAUAUUUUCUCAGACUUUCCUUGUUUUUGAUGACCUUGACAGUUUUGAGGAGUACUGAUCAGCUAUUGGAAUUGUCCUGAUGUUUUUCUCAUGGAAAGACUUGGGUAAUAGGCUGUUGGGAGGAAGACCACAGAGGUAAAGUACCAAUUCCUCACAUCAUCUCAAGGAUACAUACUGUCACCAUGAUUAAUGACUGUUGACGUUGGCCUUGAUUACCUGACUGACAUAGUGUUUGCGAAGUUACUCUACUUUCUCCCCACCACUGUGUACUUUACCCUUUGGAAGGAAGUCACUAUGUGCAGCCCACAUUAGUGUGGAGUUACACUCCUCCGCAAUGAGUGCAGAGUAGGUCUGUAAGUUAUUUGGAAUUUUUAUGCACGGGAGAUUUGUCUGCUCCCCCUCAUUUAUUUAUUCUAAACAUUUAUUUAUAUCGGUAUGAAAUCACCAAUAUUUAUUUUAUUUCUUUGGAUUAUAAUCCAAUACUACUUUAUUUUAUUGCUCAAAUUGUUCCAGCUUUGGCCCCUGGGUGCUUUUUCAGUUGGCUCCUAUGUCCCUUUAACACACUCCAUCCACGUGAUUUUGUUUUUAACUAAUUAUUAUUAUUUUUUAGCCUUCUCUUACUUUCUGGCACUAUAAGAUGUUCCAGACUUACCUUUAUAUUUCUUGCCCUGGUCCUAAAGCCAAUCAUUUCCCCAAGGAGCCCUGGUUCCUUGUCUUGGAGAAUGGUAUUAGAAACCAAGAUUUGGGUGCCUGGCGUGCUCAUUGCUACUGGGGUGUCAUUCUAGGUCCUCUUAGUUGACAGAGCAAGGAAAAAUAUAUGCAUGUAUACUGUCUUACGUACGUACACGCAUAUAUAAAUAUUUCUGUAUAUAACCGUAUGAAAAAAAGAAUUUUUUUUUUUUUUUAUCUAUGUUGGGCUUGUACAGGAGUUCUUACUGAUGUCUGGUAAAUGCAUUUUUCAUUUUUUUAUACAUUGUCAGAUUUCCUUCUGUCGUGUAAAAAUGGACGAGACCUACUCAAAAUUAUGAGAGGGCAACUUUGGGAGGACAGGAAGAUGGGGAAAGUAAGAUCUUGGUGAGAGGGAAAGGAGACGUGAACAUUUUGUCUUCACUCAACUUUUCUAUUUCCUAGUCAGUUUUAGUAAAUAUUGACUCCUGCUUGAAUUAUUGUGUGAUAAAACUGCUUGUAAAAAUCUUUAAUCUUCAUGGAUCUUAGUAUGUAUGUGUAUGUCUACAUUGGGAAAGUACAAAAGUAUCUGUUAGAAGCUCUUGCAGUUUAGAGACUGGUUGUAUAUAUUCUCAUUUUUGCUUGUCCUCAUAAAAACCGCCUGAGGUAGUUGGGUUUUUCCAGUUUAGAGAUUAGGAUGAGAAAAUCCUCAGGGGUUAAUAUGACUUUACAAGGGACACAUGGAAUGUGGAAGGAUGGGAAAUUCCAUGCUUGACUUCCUGUUCUCGGUCCUGUUUGCUUUAUAAAAUAUCCAAACUGCUCAUAUCCAGUGAGGGUCCAUUGUGUGAGGUGGGUUGGGAGGAGGUCUGAGGGGUGCAUCUAAAAGCUCUGUGUUCAAUGAAUUUUUGUUUGUGUUGUGUCUUGCAGAUCUAUUGCUUAAAGCUUAAACAAAAGAAGUUUAAAAAAAAAAAAAAAAACAGCUUCUUGUGUGACUUAGAAAUUCCUUUUUGGGAUAGACAGUACAUACCCAAGGUAUAAAACACGAAAGGCUCCAAAGGGAUUAACGAAUCUCCUUCCUGCCACACUGUCCUUUUUUGCGCUGUCUCCCAGAUCUCUCCUUACAGGCUUCAGAAGCAACAAUUGUUACCCGUUUCUUGUGUCUCCUCCGGAGAUAAUAUUGUUUUACAUACAUGUGUCCUUUUCAAGAAACUAGAGUUUGUUCCCUACCGGGUUUAUAGUAGCCUGGUUUUUGAAAACGAAUCUAAGCUGCUGACUUUUUAAUGACUUCUUUAUAAAAGCCAGGUCUUUUCUUUUUUGCAGCAUUGGCUGGAAUGUUAAUUAAAAAAAAAAAAUGCUUUAAGUUUCACAAUUGUUUUCAGACAACGUGUUUAUAAUCUUCCAAGUGAGAUCCCCGGAAUAAAGGGGCUCCAAAGUCAGGUUCAACAUUCUAUUAUUUCGGAGUCAAAGCGUACAUAGAAUAUAUCAGUAGGAUUGAAAACACAGUUACCGGUCAAUAAAUUAUCAGUUGGAAUGUUGUCCGGAGAGUAACAUAGCUGAAGUGAAUAGGUUUAACUAAACGAAUAUAUCAUUUGUCAAUUUUAGUUUUUGAUCCCCAGAAUAGUAAAACAGGAGUGAGUCCCAGAGCAGAGGAGCUUGGUGAUGGUUCUGCCUGGUCCCGUAACGUGUGAGCAUUUCUGUGUGCUUAGAGAUUUUUGGUCUAGGGUUAUUCUAUGUGGUUAUCUGGCAAUGUAAUGGUCUGUAGUAUUGGGUAUUCACGCCCUAAUGAAAGACUCUUAGCCGUCUAAAGGGUCUUCAUAAGUACAAAUUUUGCAGCAACAGCAUUUAGGAACUCGCUGCAAUUGGUAAACACAAGGCUGCUUUAAUGGUUGAAACUUUACUCAAACCACAGCUGAUCACGGAAUUAAAUUCCCAGGCAAAGUGAAAAAAGGAAAUGUGGUGUCUUUAUUUUGGUCGGGGCUUUCUCCCACCUAUGGUGUAGGGGAAGCUGGGCGAGGAGUGAGGGUGAUGAAACGCCCAGUGUAGUCACUUAAACAGCUCUGAUGUCUGAGCUUUGGCGGGGGGGUUGGCAGUAGGCGGCUUUCCCCAGUGCCUCUCCUCCCUUUUUCUUCCUUUUACCCAAAUCCUCAGGAGGAGCUUUCGCUUUAUUCUCCAGGUGGUCUCAUUGCCCAUCGAGAGCAUCCUGCCUCAGUGGUCUGGCUUAUUGGCACGCAGGGAUGUGUUCUCUACACCAGGAAGCUGAGAGCGCUGGUGGUCUAGUUGCUAAAGUUCCUUGUCAUAGCACUUCUCUCCUGGGGCAGUAAAACCUGUGGCUUGGUCUCAGAUGUGGAAGGCUAUGGGGACAUCUCCUGAGGGCUUAAUAAGUGCACCAGUUUAAAAUUUGUAAAAAUACCCCUGUUAUUCCAUGAUAAGACUAUUGCACCAUGGCCAAGGCUGCUGCUCACUCAGCGUGUUUAGAAAAUUCUGGAAAGGUUUGAGAAAUUUACCACUUGAUAGAAACUCUGGUGCUAACCAAAAUGUCGGCAGUCGAAUCCACCAGCUGCUCCUUGGACACCCAGCAGGGCGGUUCUACUCUGUCCUAUAGGGUCACUAGGAGUCGGAAUUGACUCGAUGGCAGUGGGUUUGGUUUUGGGUUUAUCACCUGAUAAUUAUAACAGGAAUUUCAAACAGUCAGUUAUCUCUUGCCCAUGAAAGGAGUUGAGCCUGUGUGGCAGAUGCUGAGGGCGUGUCCCUCCCUCAGGAGGAAACCCCCAAAGCUGUAGUUGUAGAAAGAAGCUGGUGGUUGUGGUUGAUGUGUUGAAUAAGAAAUUCAUGCUCUAGGGGCUAAAUUUGGAGUCUGUGGUCGAUACUCACCUUGGCUGGAGAUGCAUGUCCAAGGUUGAUAGAGUAAAAGGACUACGGGGAGGGGGGAACCCCCACGCUAGGGUUAGCGUGUUUACAUUAGAAUGCAGGAAUUGGAGACUUAUAGCCGGGGUAAAAACCGAGAAAAUAGUCAAGUGCUAUUCCUUUCAGGGAGCCCUGGUGGUGCAAUGGUUAAGAGCUUAGCUGCUAGCCAGAAGGUCAGCGGUUCAAGUCUACCAGCUGCUCCUUGGAAACCCUAUGGGACAGUUCUACUCCUUCCUGUCAGGUCAUUAUGAGUCGGUAUCGAGUCGAUGCCAGCGGGCUUUUUUUUUUUGUUUCCUCCAGGUGCAGGUACUGCACAGCAGCAUAAAAGGGAGAAGGGUGCAGUUAGGAGUUUUUAUGCAGCCUUUGGACACAAGUCUUUUUUUGCUCAUAUCAGCCCCUCCCUUGCCAAACCCUCUUUCCUCCUGUUUGUUUCUCUGCCUGAGACCUCAGCCAUCUGUUUCCUCAGUUGGUGGCUCUGGUCCCUUUUUACCCUGAAAUCUUCAAGCAUUGACUAUUGCACAAUUGUUUAAUUAAUUGUAUAUGGCCUUGUAAUAGCCCCUGUCUUUUUCGAGGUAGUGCCCCCCUCCUUCCUCAGCGAUAUCAUUCAUUCCAUGGUAGAAUGCCCGUUGCUCACAGCAGCUGGACACACCUGCACUGCUCUCCUAGGCUUCCUUCCUGCCCCCCGCCUCCUCCUUGAACUUCACAGAGGGACAGACUGUCGGCGGGCAGCAGAGGGCAGCUGCCCGCCUCACUCUGCAGCCGCAGCAGGCACAUGUGGAAAUUUCUCUGCAGCAGGCAGUUCUUGCCUACCUUCCUCCAGUCUUGGCCUGAGAGAUCCUACUUUCAUGUAAGAGUGGACGCAGAUCUCUACCAGGUAUCUUCGAGAGCAGUUGGCCAAGAUUUCCGACUUCUACCACAUGGCCUCCAGCACGGGCGACGGCCCUGCCCCUGUGCCGCCUGACGUGGAGCAAGCCAUGAGGCAGUGGGAGUACAACGAAAAGCUGGCCUUUCACAUGUUCCAGGAAGGAAUGCUAGAAAAACACGAAUACUUGACAUGGAUCCUGGAUGUUUUAGAGAAAAUCAGACCAAUGGAUGACGAUCUGCUUAAACUCUUGUUACCGCUGAUGCUGCAGUAUUCGGAUGAGUUCGUUCAGUCGGCCUACCUGUCUCGCCGUCUGGCCUACUUCUGUGCCCGGCGCCUUUCCUUGCUGCUGAGUGAUAGCCCCAAUCUCCUCACUGCUCACUCGCCCCACGUGAUGAUAGGACCAAACACCUCGAGCAUCGGGGCGCCCAGCCCCGGUCCCCCCGGCCCCGGCAUGAGCCCCGUGCAGCUAGCCUUCUCCGAUUUUCUUUCCUGUGCACAGCAUGGUCCCCUGGUGUAUGGACUUAGUUGUAUGUUGCAGGUUUCUUAUGCUGGGAUAUUAGCUUACGAACCAGAAUUUUCCGUAAUUUCUCCAUGGCUGUACUUUUCCCUUUUCAAAAUAAUAAUUCUGUCAAAGUUGAGUCAUCACUUGGAAAAGUUGAGAACGAGGACCGUCACUCUCUGUUGCCCAAGUGCCUUGGUGUGGAAUUACUCUACCAACGAAAACAAGAGCGCGAACCCAGGCUCGCCCCUGGAUCUGUUGCAGGUGGCCCCUUCCAGCCUGCCCAUGCCGGGUGGGAACACGGCUUUCAACCAGCAGGUUCGAGCGAGGAUUUAUGAGGUGGAGCGGCAGAUAAAACAGAGAGGCCGAGCCGUGGAAGUUCGGUGGUCUUUCGACAAGUGCCAAGAGUCAACAGCAGGGGUGACCAUUAGCCGGGUCUUGCACACACUGGAAGUCUUGGAUCGUCACUGUUUUGACCGAACCGAUUCCAGCAAUUCAAUGGAGACGCUUUAUCACAAGAUAUUCUGGCCAAACCAAAACAAAGACAACCAAGAGGUUGCUCCCAACGACGAAGCGGUGGUGACGCUGCUGUGUGAAUGGGCUGUGAGCUGUAAGCGGUCAGGCAAACACAGGGCCAUGGCCGUGGCAAAGCUCUUGGAGAAGAGGCAAGCGGAAAUUGAGGCAGAGAGAUGUGGCGAAUCAGAGGUCUUAGAUGAGAAAGAGUCCAUUUCUUCAGCCUCUCUUGCUGGAUCAAGUUUGCCCGUUUUCCAGAAUGUUCUCUUAAGGUUUUUAGAUACACAGGCCCCGUCACUGUCGGACCCGAACAGCGAAUGUGAAAAGGUGGAGUUUGUGAACCUGGUGCUGCUGUUUUGUGAGUUCAUCCGCCAUGACGUCUUCUCCCAUGACGCCUACAUGUGCACCCUCAUAUCUCGGGGGGACUUGUCAGUCACCGCCUCCACGCGGCCGCGGUCGCCAGCAGGGGAGAAUGUAGACGAGCACUAUUCAAAGGACCAUGAUGCGAAAAUGGAGGAACAGAGUAUCAUGGCACAUAUGGGCAUUGACUCAGGAACCACUAGCAUUUUUGAUGAAGUAGACAAGAAUGACUUUAAAACCGACUUUGGUUCGGAAUUUCCAAUUUUUUCUCCCAUGCCUGGGGAGUCCUGUGAGAAUGCCAACCCUGCCUUGGGAAGAAGAAUGUCGGUUAAUGGUGAGAAGUUGAUGAAGAGGGAAAAGCCACGGGAGCUGAUUUUCCCAUCAAAUUACGGCCUCCUCCGUCACUUGCAGUAUGCAACCCAUUUUCCUGUACCUCUGGAUGAAUCCUCAAGUCACGAAUGUAACCAACGCACAAUCCUUCUCUACGGAGUCGGCAAAGAGCGUGAGGAAGCCCGGCAUCAGCUGAAGAAGAUUACCAAAGAUAUCCUGAAAACCCUAAAUAAGAAGAGCACCGCGGAGACCGGGGGUGUGGAUGAAGGCCAAAAAGCCAGGAAGAACAAACAAGAAGCAUUUCCAACCCUGGAGACUGUGUUCACAAAACUUCAGCUCCUUUCCUAUUUUGAUCAACAUCAGGUGACAUCUCAGAUCUCUAACAACGUGCUGGAACAGAUCACAAGCUUUGCUUCUGGAACAUCCUACCAUCUCCCUUUGGCUCACCAUGUCCAGCUUAUCUUUGAUCUCAUGGAGCCAGCGCUGAACAUCAAUGGACUCAUUGACUUUGCAAUACAGCUACUAAAUGAACUGAGUGUCGUGGAAGCUGAACUGCUCCUGAAAUCUUCCAGCCUGGCAGGAAGCUAUACAACCGGACUGUGUGUCUGCAUUGUGGCUGUGCUGAGGCGAUACCACAGUUGUCUGAUCUUGAAUCCCGAUCAGACGGCCCAGGUGUUUGAAGGGUUGUGUGGUGUGGUCAAGCACGUUGUCAACCCCUCAGAAUGUUCUUCCCCUGAAAGAUGCAUCUUAGCCUACCUCUAUGAUCUGUACGUGUCAUGUAGCCACCUCAGAAGUAAAUUUGGAGACCUCUUCAGUAGUGCCUGUUCAAAAGUAAAGCAAACCAUAUAUAACAAUGUGAUGCCUGCAAAUUCUAACUUGCGAUGGGACCCUGACUUCAUGAUGGACUUCAUUGCGAACCCGUCAGCCCGUAGCAUCAACUAUUCAAUGCUUGGCAAGAUCCUUAGUGACAAUGCGGCCAGUCGCUACAGCUUUGUAUGCAACACGCUCAUGAAUGUAUGUAUGGGUCAUCAGGACGCUGGAAGGAUUAACGACAUAGCCAAUUUCUCCUCUGAGCUGACAGCUUGCUGCACUGUUCUGAGUUCAGAAUGGCUGGGGGUUCUGAAGGCUCUUUGUUGUUCUUCAAAUCACGUGUGGGGGUUUAAUGAUGUUCUCUGCACCGUCGAUGUGAGUGACCUUUCAUUCCAUGAUUCAUUAGCUACUUUCAUUGCUAUUCUGAUAGCACGACAGUGUUUUUCCCUGGAGGACGUCGUGCAGCACGUUGCACUUCCCUCUCUCCUCGCGGCAGCUUGUGGAGAUGCGGAUGCCGAGCCUGGAGCAAGAAUGACAUGUCGACUGCUGCUUCAUCUCUUCCGCGCUCCCCAGGCCUGCUUAUUACCUCAAGCAUCAGGCAAACCUUUCCCUGGAAUAAGAUCGUCUUGUGAUCGACACCUCCUAGCCGCUGCUCACAACAGCAUCGAAGUGGGAGCUGUGUUUGCUGUCUUAAAAGCAAUUAUGAUGCUUGGAGACGCCAAAAUUGGCAAUAACAACGUCAGUUCUUUAAAGAAUGACGACUUCACCGUGAGGGGUUUACGGCGCGAUGGGAACGCCGAUGACAUCUGGACUGCCUCACAAAACUCAAAAUCCUGUGGGAAAAGCAUUUCCAUAGAAACGGCCAAUUUAAGAGAAUAUGCUAGACACGUCCUGAGGACUAUCUGUCAACAGGAAUGGGUAGGAGAACAUUGCUUAAAAGAACCUGAAAGACUCUGUACGGACAAAGAACUUAUAUUGGACCCUGUGCUUUCGAAUAUACAAGCGCAGAAGUUACUCCAGCUCAUCUGUUACCCUCAUGGCAUUAAAGAGUGUACCGAGGGGGACAACCUGCAGAGACAACAUAUUAAGCGCAUCCUGCAGAAUCUUGAGCAGUGGACACUGAGGCAGUCCUGGCUAGAGCUUCAGCUGAUGAUCAAACAGUGUCUGAAGGACCCUGGCUCUGGGUCUGUGGCUGAAAUGAACAACCUACUAGACAAUAUUGCCAAGGCAACCAUUGAGGUAUUCCAGCAGUCGGCCGACUUGAACAACAACUCUUCCAGCUCUGGCAUGGGCCUCUUCACCCCAAACAGCAUCGGAAGUACUGAUGCAAGUAGCACGAGACAGAAUGGAAUAAAGACAUUUUUAAGCUCCUCUGAACGCAGGGGCGUGUGGCUGGUGGCCCCCCUGAUCGCCAGGCUGCCGACUUCUGUGCAAGGAAGAGUGUUGAAAGCCGCAGGGGAAGAGCUGGAAAAGGGGCAGCACUUGGGUUCCUCUUCCAAGAAGGAGAGAGACCGGCAGAAACAGAAAAGUAUGUCUCUCCUGAGUCAACAGCCUUUCCUCUCCCUGGUUCUUACCUGCCUUAAGGGACAAGAUGAACAACGGGAAGGGCUUCUAACGUCUCUCCAGAAUCAAGUUAACCAGAUUUUAAGUAACUGGAGAGAAGAACGAUACCAAGAUGAUAUAAAAGCGCGGCAGAUGAUGCACGAAGCAUUGCAGCUUCGUCUAAAUUUGGUAGGAGGAAUGUUUGACACGGUGCAGAGGAGCACCCAGUGGACAACAGACUGGGCUCUCCUGCUCCUUCAGAUAAUUACUUCGGGAACUGUCGACAUGCACACCAACAAUGAACUAUUCACAACGGUUCUUGACAUGCUGGGUGUUCUAAUCAAUGGAACUUUAGCCUCUGACCUAUCGACUGCAUCCCCAGGGGGAUCUGAAGAGAACAAGCGUGCGUACAUGAAUUUAGUAAAGAAACUAAAAAAGGAGCUAGGAGACAAGAGGUCCGAAAGCAUCGACAAAGUGCGGCAGCUGCUACCUUUGCCAAAACAGACGUGUGAUGUCAUUACUUGCGAGCCGAUGGGUUCCUUGAUUGAUACAAAAGGAAACAAAAUUGCUGGAUUUGACUCCAUAGAUAAAAAACAGGGUCUCCAGGUGUCUGCAAAGCAGAAGGUGUCCCCCUGGGAUUUGUUUGAGGGUCAGAAGAACCCAGCUCCUCUCUCCUGGGCCUGGUUUGGGACUGUCCGAGUGGACCGCAAGGUGAUCAAGUAUGAGGAGCAGCACCACCUACUUCUGUAUCACACACACCCCAUGCCCAAGCCCCGAAGUUACUACCUCGAGCCACUGCCCCUGCCUCCUGAGGAGGAGGAGGAAGAACCCACGUCUCCUGUCUCUCAGGAACCAGACAGGAAAUCAGCCGAGCUGUCGGAUCAGGGAAAAACUGCAAUGGAUGAAGAGAAGAAAACAAAAGGAAGGAAGCGCAAGACGAAAUCAAGCUCAAGAGUUGAUGAGUAUCCACAAAGCAACAUGUACCGAGUGCCUCCAAAUUACUCACCCAUUUCCUCCCAAAUGAUGCAUCAUCCGCAGUCCACCUUGUGGGGUUACAACCUCAUGGGCCAGCCCCAGCAGCCCAGCUUCUUCCUUCAGAACCAGUCUCUAACUCCAGGUGGCUCCAGACUGGACCCUGCGGGCGCCUUUGUCCCCACCAACACCAAACAGGCGCUGUCCAACAUGCUGCAGCGGCGCUCGGGCGCCAUGCUGCAGCCGCCCUCCCUCCACGCCAUCACGUCGCAGCAGCAGCUGAUCCAGAUGAAGCUCCUGCAGCAGCAGCAGCAGCAACGGCUUCUCAGGCAAGCCCAGACGCGACCCUUCCAGCAGGGCCAGCCAGGGGACCAGACAGCUCUCUUUGCUGCACAAGCACGGCCCUCCCCUCAGCUUCCUCAGUAUCCAGGGCUGCAGCUAGCACAGACCAUGCCCCAGGGGUAUACGAUGUAUGGAACACAGAUGCCCUUACAGCAGGCGCCACAGCAGCAGGCUGGCAGCGUGGUCCUCUCUCCCAGCUACAACUCCAGAACCUACCCGGCAGCACAUUCCAACCCCGCACUCAUGGAGAGACUCAGACAGAUGCAGCAGCCACCCAGUGGCUAUGUCCAGCAGCAGGCCACACCGUACCUGCAGUCCUUGACUGGCUCUCAGAGACUGAACCAUCAGACCCUACAGCAGAGCCCUCUGGUGAGCGGGGGAGUCGAUGCUGUGCUGACUUCUGCACACCCAAACCUCCCCUCGGUGCCACUGCCUCAGGACCCCAUGAGGCCCAGACAGGCGCAAGUUCGACAGCAGCAGAGACUCCUCCAGAUGCAGCAGCCCCAGCAGCCCCCCCAGCCCCAGCAGCCCCCCCAGCCUCAGCAGCCCCCACAGCCCCAGCAGUCCUCGCAGCCUCAGGGUCAGACGCUUGGCCUCCAGGCCAUGCAGCCCCAGCAGCCUUUGUUUCCCAGGCAAGGCUUGCAGCAGACCCAGCAGCAGCAGCAGACGGCUGCUUUGGUGCGGCAGCUCCAGAAACAGCUUUCUAGUAACCAGCCUCAGCAAGGAGUAACUCCUUAUGGGCAUCCUUCACACUUCUGAGCCUGGAAGAGUCGAAGACGGGAAGUUUUGUGUUUGCACUGAAAAAUAGAAAACCAGACUCACCACAGUAGUCAUUCUUAGAAAUGUUCCUUUGUUCUUUCGUUUCUUUGAAGCUUUCCUCUGUCUCACGCUACAUUUCACACAAAGGUGUUCCAGCAGAAAAGGAAAGGAGAAGCUGUGGUGUGUGGUGGUGUUGUGUUCAACUUCAAAGUAAAUUUAAAAGCGUGGAUA